GCCCCGGCCGGGACCGCGUCCUGCGGCUCCGAGCGCGGCGGGACGCGCCCCGACGGCCGCCGGGCACCGAGAGCCCGCGGAGCGCACGGCCACGGAGCGCGGGGGGAGCCCUGCCAAAGGGAGCGGGCGCCAAACCUGAAUUACCAGCCCAGAGAGUGGCUGUGGAUCCCGGCAGCUCCUGUGAUUUGCGGCAGGUUUUUCAGGUCCCCGCCUGUCAAACACACACGCAGAUACUUAAGCAGUCACCCGAGGACCUGCGGGGUUCUUGUUUUACACACUUCUGGUCCCUGCCAGCUCCAGUGCCUGGCCCCAUAGCCCUGCCCCAGGAAGAUAUGGCCAUGGAAAAGCCAGUGAUUCCCACUGAGGAGCAGCUGGAGAUCCUGGAAUACCACUUCUGCAAGGUGAACAAGCAUCCUGACCCCACCACACUGUGCCUCAUCGCUGCUGAGACCGGGCUCUCCGAGGAGCAGACUCUGAAAUGGUUCAAGCAGCGCCUGGCGGAGUGGAGGAAGUCUGAAGGGCUGCCCUCAGAAAGUGGGUCUGUCAGGGACUAGAGGAUGCUGCUCCAAUCCCCUUGCCUCUUAUAAAGGAUGGUGAAGCUCUUCAGUGGGUUUCCUUGGGGUUCUUCUGUUGCAAUAGGUUUUGCGAUACAAAGUAAUACUCUGCUAUUUAACGUAAAUCUUAUUUAACAUGUACAUAACCAGAAAAAACCCACUAUAUAUAUAUAUAUAUAUAUACACACACGCAUGUGUGUAUACAACUUUUGAUGGCUGAUAACCUGUCUUGUGAUUCGAACCCAUUAAAAGCAGCUGCACAAGAAAAGGCAAUUUAAUGCCCUUGUUCCAGCCUUGCAGAAAUUUUGCCAUGAUAUAUGUUCAAAUAUAGAAGGAAGAAGUAAAGAUUCUUUUUCCUUACAAGCCCCAGAGGCAAAGUAUAUGUGUGAGCUUUAAGGUGCAGAUCAUCCAGAGAGUGGGGCAUCUGGAAAACCAAGUGUGUUGUUCAAGUGACCUGAUUUGGCUCAACGUGCCUGAAUCAGCUCUGGAUACUGCAAACCAAGUGCCUACACCAGAAUCAGACCAAGCCAAGCACCCCUUGAAUGCCUUCUUUACCUUUCUGUUAAAGGUCACCAAAGAGAAAGAACUCAUGGGUUGUUUUGAGUUUUUCCCAGUGCAAUUAUUAAAACCCAACAUUUUUUAAUGAGAGGAGCUGUGCUCUGUCCUAUUUGUGCUCCCUGCCCCCAUGACAGGAGGCAGACUCCUUCCUCUGGAAGGGCAACAUUUCUGCCAGGCAGCCUCAGUGGGCACAAUGGGUUUCCCCUUGGCCAUGGGACAGCCAUGGGCAGCCUCAUCUCCUAAGGCACCUGUGGGUCCAUGCAUGGCAGCCCGCACAACCCCACACACCCCCUAAUCCCUGGGGUGGCAGAGGAUGGUGGUGCUGGGGUUCCCCCACAGCAUGGGGGUUCUAGGGGGACACUCCAGUCUCCCCCCGCCAUUCUCAAGCCUGAGGAAUGCAGUUGCACUGGGGCUCUUGCACGAAGUCCAAACUCUCAUCCAUCCUGGCACAGGACAAUGCCUGGUCUAAAAAUAACCAGCACAAUUUCCCAGUGACCUUACCUUGUGCAAAAGGCUUCAAAAGUCCUCUGCUUAGUGGAUUACUGAAUCAAUUAAUGGAUCCUCUGAUUAAUCCCCUUCUGGUUUGUGGUCACCUGC